AAUAAAACUUUUAUCUACCUCCGACCAAAUAUAAUAAAACCUUGUACUACAUACCCUCUCAAACAUCUUUGAUGGAGUUACUGGUCCACAUCGUCCCUUCUUCUACUUCGUAUGUUUGCUAGGGUUUUUCUGAUUCUGACGACACAAAUAAACUAUCCACAUUUCCCUUAGACAACUCUGGGAACACUUCCUGCUCUCAAAGGCGCAAUGGCUACUUCAAAAUCCCCUUCUGCCUCAGAAAAAGAGCAGUUUUAUGUGAUGGCCGAGAGAGAGAUGGAGUACAGGGUAGAGUUGUUCAACAAGCUGACCCAUACAUGUUUCAAAAAGUACAAAGAAUCUGAGUUGAACAUGGGUGAAAAUAGUUGUAUUGACCGAUGUGUUUCCAAAUACUGGCAGGUGAACAGUCUGGUAGGAGGACUUCUGGGUGGUGGUCGGCCAAUGUAAUUGUUGAUUUUGCAAAAACAUGUUCUCAUGAUCUCAUGAUCUCUUUUACGGAUGAUGAAAGAAAGAGGACAAGUACAACUACCUUUCGGUCCAAUGCAUUUACGUUUAUGGGAAACUACCCCCUUUUUGUAUUAUCUUUUGAAAACCUCUUGACAUUCUCUUGUUUCGUCUGCAUCUCUAGUAACAACAAAAUGCGGCAUACCGAGUAUAAUGGUUGAUUUGUAAAGCACUACUCCAUCUUGAAUUUAGUUUGUUUAUUUCUCUUCUUGGGCUGUACACAAUUAAAUGUUCACACACCUU